UCAACUCGUAAGUCAUAAAUAUUUACUAGUCUUUUAUUUGUUCUCGCUCAAGUUAUCAAAAUAUCAUACCUGCAAUUCGAAUUAUUAACUUCGAUUACUAAAACAUUUUUUAUAUACGAAGCUAAUCAUAAGAGACUCGGAGAAACUUCAAAACAUAGGAUCGAUUUUUGAAGACGAAGAAAGAAUUCCUGACGAAGCCUUCUGAUGAACGAGCGCGUGGACAGAAAGAUUUCAAGAAAAAAACAAGACUUUUACAACUGAUUUUUUGUCAUUAAGGCGUGGAUUGUAAAGAACRGAGGGUAAAGGAGUCCUCUCUAAAGUUUUUGGUUGAUUUUAAGCGGUUAAAGACUUGUAAAUUGUCUCUAAAGAUGGACGGUCAGUACGGCUCGGGAAGCUGUUAUGGAAUGCCUGCCCCAACUAUUCCAACCCCACCUGGUCUGGAAGCUAUUUACUCGACAUUACGAAAACUAUAUCCUGACCAACCGAAUCCUUUACAAGUCACGGCUCUCGUCAAAUGUUGGCUUGGAGGRCCAGAUCCACUAGAUUUUAUCAGUAUGUUUGGUAAUCCUGGUAGCCCAAUGGAAGGAAUCCCACCUCAUUGGCAUUAUGUCUCCUCUGGGCUGUCGGAUCUCCAUGGAGAUGGAAGGGUCCAUAAGUAUACAGGGAUGGAUGGGCCAAGUGGUUAUGGGUUUGAGUUAACAUUCAGGUUGAAAAAACAGCCAGGAGAGACAGCUCCUCCUGCUUGGCCUGCAGAAUUACUACAGCAACUGGCUCGAUAUGUCUUCCAAACAGAGAAUAUGCUUUAUCCCGUGGAUCAUAUAUCUUGGCAUGCACCAUUAGACUACACUCCAUCCAGAGUGGGCAGAUACACCCAUGGACCAAAUACUUCACAGAUCCAGCACAUGCUAUUGUGUGAAGACCCUCAAAUCAAACCUAUCAACACUCAACUGGGCAGAGUAGAGUUUAUACAGGUCAUUGGUAUUAUGGCAGAAGAGCUUCAAGCAGCACAACACUGGCACUGCAAGGCAAUCCUGGAUAUCCUUCAUAAAGUACCUCCUGCUGGUGGCCCAUGGCUUGUGACAGACAUGGAUAGAGUGGAAUCGGUGUUUGAAAUCCAGCCUCAUUUGCAGGAGUCUGUCUCUCUUGGCAUAGAGAAAGAAGGUUCAAGUCUCAGUGGAGUAGCAGCCAAGUGCUGGUGGGAGGCAUACGCACCUGAUCGAUCUUUUCCAAGACCUUCCUCAGAAAACCCAAAUUUUGGUAGAAACAUUAGCCCCCAAGGAACGAAGGACCUAGGAACACGGUUCAAGGUCCUUCCUGCCAUUGGAGGAGGAGGGGGGUCCAAAUUUAAGGUCGAUUCUCAUGGACGACUUAAAGAUUCAUCUUAUGAUAGAGAGUCAUCUUGUGCAAGUGCUGUUAGUGAGAUUGUGAGGACAAGAACUUUGUGUGGUGUUCACCUAAGGUUCGGUUAUGAAGCUGCUAUGUUGUUAACCCUCGCUAUUAGGGGCCGGCUUCGCCAUGGCCGUCACUUCACGUUUACUAGUUCAACGUCUGACACAGCCAUUACCUUUGUAACCACUAAUAUAACAGGGUCUAUAGCAGACAGGGAACAUCAGUAUGCAGCAUGUGGGACAUGGCUACAGAUCUUGAUCUCAGAAGAAUUCCUUCAUAGGCUUGAUAGAGACCUAGAUGAACUAACCAGACCUCAUGAGCUUGAUCUACCCAAAGAAUACAGAUGGCCGGGUGACGGUCUUAUCAUUACUGUACUACCAGACGAAAAUUAGCAUCAUCUUGUAUCCUAUCUAAAGGGAUGUUUUGUCACGGUUGGCAAGUCAUAGACAGAUAAAUGUAAAACUUUAGAUUCAGUAUUUUGGUUGUCGCUGUAGUGGUCAGUCAUGACUGCUAAUCAAAAUUACCGGCUAUAUUCUUGCAUGGCUUUUGGUAGAUAUCAUCAUUAGCUUACCAUUAUUAAUGCAUGUUCCAAAUAUAUAUAAGGCAUAUUUCGUUUUUAUACUUAAAUAUUAUCAUCAUAUUUAUAUUUUAUAUUAAUAUUAGUAAAUUGAAGUGCAAUUUAGAAAAGAAACGAUGCGAAAAGAAGAAAACUUUUGCGAGGGAGAAUUUCAUUGAAUUUCUCUUACCCUAUGAUUCAAAGACCCACCUUUUCUCUUCGCUACUUCGGAGUCACUAAAAGUCUUGACAUUUUUUUAAAAAAAGAUCAAAUAUUCUGGGUUUCUACGGUGAUAGUAAUAAAAAAUAUAUAUUCUUAGAUAUUAAUAGUAAGAAUUAUAAAGCUAAAAGAACC